AUGUCCUGUGUAGAAAGUGUUUACGUGGUGCAAACCCAAAAGCUCCAGACAGUUCCAUCUGAUGAAGAGAUCGACUCUCAAGAAACAAACGAGGAUUCCCCGGAGGAAUCGACAAUCAUCUACCAAGAGCUGCUCCGAGCUCAACUGUAUCGACAGUUGCAAGAAAUCAAGAAGGCGUUCCGACUACAUAAAGCGUUUAAGAAAGUCGACACAUUGUAA